AUGUCUCUCAAUUGGGUAAUGCUUGAUGACCAGGAUGGCUUCGUCCGUCUUCCCAACGAGCGUUUGAUCUACUCCUCUCCUCCUCGUACCAGUCUCUCCUUGACUCCACCGGUGGGAUACAAAGGCGCAGAAAAACUUUCAAUUCAAAGCAAUGCCGGCUAUAUCCACCUCACCAACCAAAGAGUCAGUAUCCAUUUACCUCCAUGUCUUCCUCUUCUAACACUCGCGGUGACUCGCCAGAUUGUCUACCUUCCCGCCACCAGAAGCAAUGAAUUCCAGUCCUUCUCGUCACCUCUCUUGAAUGUCCGUGACUCCCAUGUAUCUGCGCCAUUCUUUGGGCCCAAUAUAUGGACAGCUCUCGUACAGCCAGUACCUGGAGGUGGCGUUUCACCAUCUCUACCUGCCAUUCAGUUGAAAGUGACAUUUAAGGAGGGCGGAGCCUUUGACUUCCAUACCAAUUUCGAGCGAAUCAAGGAACGACUUGAGCAGGCUGUUGAGAACACAAGCGAAGGCACUCGUGGGCAACAAAACGUGGAUCUCUCAGCAGUUCAUUUGGAAGAGUUGCCUGCAUAUGAAGCUCCGCCUAAUACUAGCCAAAAUGCUAGACCGAGCGAGACACCAGAAGAGUCACAAAGCAGUCGAGUAUCUGACACCGGUACCGAGCCCGUGGAGCCACCUCCAUGCUACGAGGAGGUUCAGUCACAAAGUGUCGCCCAAGAGCUAGAGGAGAGGCUGCGACGGGCCACUUGA